UUGAAGUCAGAAGAGAAAAAAGCAGCCAUAUGUAUUUUCAAAUCGAUUUGGUGAAGGACAAGGUAGAAUAAAACUGAAGCUGCUUGACUUCUGCUUCUAUAAAUUAUUGUCCAAUCUCAAGUUAGGUUCACCUUUCUAUUCAACAAUACAACGUGCUAAGAGGCUCGCUUUAAACAUGGCUUUAGCAGCUUCUCUACUCGUUCUUCUGCUGGUGACUCCAGCAGCUUAUGCCGUGCAAUACACCGUAGGCGACAGCGCUGGCUGGACCACCACCGGAGAUUACACCAGUUGGGUUCAAGGGAAAACAUUCACCGUAGGCGACACACUUUUGUUCAGCUAUGAUGGGAGCCAUGGGGUGGAAGAAGUAACCAAAAGUGACUAUGAUAAUUGCAACACUGGAAAUUCUCUCAAAUCCUACAGCGAUGGAAACACAGUCAUCGCUCUGUCCAAUACAGGGCCAAUGUAUUUCAUAUGCCCCACCAUUGGACAUUGCGCUGGAGGCAUGAAACUAGCCAUCAAUGUUGUAGCAGCCAGCGGCAACUCACCCUCCAACCCAUCAUCACCAUCUGGUUCAACCACUCCUUCAGGGAGCGGCGCACCUGGCAGCAUGAAUGGUGGUUUGAUGCUAGGCUUUUGGCUCGUGUUGGGGGCCGUCCUUGCCAUCACGAGCUAGGAGAGUGGCAGUGCUAUUUUAAUUGGCUUUGAUUAUUGCUUUUGUUUUCUUCAAUCUCUGUGAUUUUUUUUCCCUUUAUGAACCAGAGAUGUAGUAGAUUUCUGUUUAUUUGAUCUGCUUAAUAAUUUACCUUAAUUCAUGAUACGACAUGGUUUUUACUUGUAAUUUGAAGAACAAU